AUGGAGGAGACUGCAAGUGAUGGAAAUGAUUCAGAAGAACUCUUUUCCCGUUUUAAAAGUAGAUCAGAGAAAGAACAUUUACCAGAGGAUGCCAGUGAAAGUCAUCUCAGCUGCCCAAAGCAGGACAUCCAAAAUGAGAAGACCGAAUUGGAAGCAUUGUUUAAGGAAGCCGAGUUAGCAACUUGUUCUGCAGAAUUACUUCUGCCAUUAUUUAAGGACACCAUUGAAGAGAUUAGUUUUGAAAAUAGAGGGGAAAGUUUAUUUAACUUGUUAGAGAAACUAACUGAUAAUGAAAGUGAAAACAUUAAUCUUAAGAACAAGGUACUUGAAAAGGAGACCUAUAUCCAAGAACUUUCUUCUUUGUUUCAGAAUGAAAAGGCAAAUGCUUUGAAAGCAAGACGUUUUUCACAAUCAGUGAAAGUAGUACAUGAACGACUACAGUCCCAAAUUCAUAAAAAGGAAGCAGAGAAUGAUAAAUUAAAAGAACACAUAAAGAGUUUAGAAACCCAAAUAUCAGAAUGGAAUUUGCAGUUGAAAAAGAGUAAGUAUGAGGCUGUAGCAAUGAAAGAAUCAAGUAGGCAAAAAACUAUCGCAUUGAAAAAGGCAUCUAAAAUUUACAAACAAAGGAUUGAACAUUUUACUGGAGACAUGGAAAACCUUACUUCCCAAAUUAGAGAGCAGGAAGCCAAGUUGUCUGAAACAGUUUCAGCUUCCAAUGCCUGGAAAAGUCAUUAUGAGAAAAUAGUAAUAGAGAAAACUGAGUUGGAAGUUCAGAUCGAAACAAUGAAAAAGCAAAUCAUUAAUCUUUUGGAAGAUCUGAAGAAAAUGGAAGAGCAUGGAAAAAUUUCAUGUGAAGAAAUUCUUAGAAAACUUCACUCAAUUGAAUAUGAAAAUGAAACUCUGAAUCUUGAGAAUACAAAAUUAAAGACUACACUUGCUGCUUUGAAGGAUGAGAUUGCCUCUGUUGAAAAUGAACUCUUAGAAUUGCAAGAAGUAGAAAAACAACAGAAAACUCUUAUUGAAGUUUAUAAAACUCAGAUACAAAAGGUGCAAGAAGCAGCUGAAAUGGUAAAAAGCAGAUGCAAAAAUUUGCUACAAGAAAAUAGCCUAAUAACAAAAAACAAAAAUAAAAAAUUAAAAAAGAUGAGAGGCCAGAUGGAGUCUCAUCUGAAGGAGUUAGAAUGUGUCCGCGAUUCCUUGACGGCGGUGGAACAGAGGCUUCAGGAGUGUCAGGAGAGUCUGCAGCACCACAAGGGAAAGUGUGCAGACCGGGCACACACCGUUAGGGAGCUUCAGGGCCAGGUUAAUGAAAAUCAUAAUCUUCUGACAAAGCUUUCUCUGGAAGAGGAAAAUUAUCUUAUUCAGUUAAAGUGUGAAAACCUUAAACAAAAAUUAGAACAGAUGGAUGCAGAAAAUAAAGAGCUUGAAAAGAAGCUGGCAAACCAAGAAGAAUGUCUUAAGCACAGCAAUCUGAAGUUUAAAGAAAAAUCUGCAGAGUAUACAGCACUGGCCAGACAGCUGGAAGCUGCCUUAGAAGAAGGAAGACAAAAGGUUUCUGAAGAAAUAGAGAAAAUGUCAUCUAGAGAAAGGGCUUUACAAGUCAAAAUAGUAGAUCUGGAAAAUGAACUUAGAAAGAAAAAUGAAGAACAAAAUCAACUUGUUUGCAAAAUGAACAGUAAAGCACAGCAUCAGGAAGUAUGUUUGAAAGAAAUACAACAUAGUCUUGAAAAGUCAGAGAAUCAAAAUGAGAGUAUUAAGAAUUAUUUACAGUUUCUUAAAACCUCUUAUGUAACAAUGUUUGGAUAA